AAGGAAAGUAAGUACGAGAUGAGACUUAUCACUUGAGCUGUGUUAUGAGUUAGUUGCUCGGUUAGCAAGCUGUUAGCUCUGCACUGCUUGUGUUUCUGGGAAGAGUCCUUCAUAUAUCUUGGAGCAUCCAUAGACACAGACUCAAAGUAGGAAUCCUAACAGACUCUGCUAUGUUGACCAGGAUAGCGCUGAGCAGAGGCGUUACCACCCACCGCCUGUCUAAAAAUGUCACUUUGUACAUGAAUGAGUUAACGUCUCCAGCCUCAGGAUGUCAGGCCCAGAAGUCUGGAGAUCAUAAACCCCUCAUGUUGAUGUUACCAUGGUUAGGUUCCCGUCCUCAAGCUGUGGCCAAGUAUUGCGAAAUCUACUUUCGCACCGGCUUUGACGUGCUUGUAGUGGAGAGUGAGGUCAAAGAGUUCCUGUGGCCUCGCUGGGGUCUGGAUCGUGGAAAGAGCUUGCUGGAGUUGCUCCACAGCGAUCGCUUUGUGUCCCGCCCACUCCUUGUCCAUGCCUUUUCUAUUGGGAGCUACACAUUUGCUCAGCUGCUGAUACAUAUAUCCCAGGACAGACAAAAAUAUCAGGCGCUCACAGAGAGGAUCAAAGGCCAAAUCUAUGACAGCGUGGUGGUUGGUUCCCUGGAUAACAUGACUACAGGUCUAGGCAAGACAGUAUUUCCUCGUUGGGAGAGACUAGUGAAACAAAUAAGCACAUUAUACUUUGCCAUUUUCAAACGCCAGACGGUGGACUACUUCGAUAUGGGCAUUGAUACAGUUAAGAACAAUCCCGUCACUGCUCCUGCACUGUUCUUCUUCUGCAAAAAUGAUGUGAUGAGCGACACAAAAACUGUGGAGGAAUUGAUUGACUUCUGGCGGAAGCAAGGGAUAGACGUCAUGGCAAAGAAGUGGGAGAAUUCAACACAUGCAGGUCACCUAAGGAGACAUCCACAGGAAUAUCUCAGCACCCUGGAGACGUUCUUCCACUCACUCCACAUUGGUCCACUGAAGGCGAAAAUGUAACACAGUUUCAUUAUAUCCUAAUGGGGAAGUUGUCUUGACUUUACUUGUUUUCUGUGUUUCAACCUCAAAUGUUUGUUGUCUUUUGAUGUGUGACUGGAUGGACUUAGAGUAAAGAUGCAGUUGUGUUUGGUUUUAUUCUCAAAACAAGACUCGAGGUUAUCCUACUCUGGACACAUUUAGGAUAUUUUUAUGUGUAAUUAUAGUUUAUUAUAAUAUUUGAUAACCUGGCAAUUGAAAUAUGAAUUUAAAUGAGACUCUUUUAUAUUUAAAAAAAAAAAAUCAGUGUUCUUUAAACUGGAUGAGAGUGACAUCUGGUGGUUUGCACGUUAUAUAGCAGACCUUCAAAACUGAAGCGACAGUACCUGAGAUUCAGUCUUAUAUCUGGAAAAUAUGUCCGUGAAUACUGCAGGCUUUGUGAUAAAUUACUUUUUCUUUUUUUAGUAUACAAGUAUUGUUUGUAAGUGCUGCAGUAAAUGACAUGAAAAUUCCCCACGGUGAUGUAUCACUUAUCCUAUUGUCUGACCAGCAAGAUAAAAUUCAAAGAUAUUCUGUUUCGUUUCAUGUGUCCCCCCAGAAAAGCAUCAGAUAUUCACAUUUAAGUUGCUGGAACUAGCAUAAUUUGACAUUUUCUUCAUUACUUAAUUAGCUGUCAAAAUAGUUCCGUUGACCAAUUUCUUUGUAUGACUGAAUCUCAAACCUAAAUGUGACUGACUCUUAAAAGAGCAAGGUAAACAUGUGAUUCUAUUAUUGUUUAUGAAAACAGUGACUAAUAUCUACAUAAACAUGUGAAACAAGACCCAAACUAUGCUGGGCUUGUUCUCCAAACACUGAAGUUGACCGUAAACCCCAGUUUACUGUGUUAAAUACUGUUGUGAAGUUACAUUUCCCCAUUUGCUGCUGCUUUGAGAGACAUGGACAAAGAGGGGUACAAGCACAGAAGCAAUUUUAUUCAUGUAGCACAUUUUUAUUGCAGGUUAACUCCAUCAGCUUUACUAUAAAGUGCUGACAGCAUCAAGCAACCUGAGAAUGUUACACGAGUACGGAAAAUGGACUAAUUUGUUUGGGUUUUAAAAUACUGAAAAUAAUAUUUAAAAUUCCUGAUUCACUUAGAAAUAUACAUACAUAAUUGCAAAGAGUGUUGUGUGAUCAAAAACAUGAGUCCUUAAAGUAAAAUGUCCAGAACUUGAGAUGGUCAUGUUUUUACGUUUUGUAUAGCAAGAAUGACUUGAAACAUUUGUGGUCAAUUCAAUUCAAUUUUCUUUUAUUUAUAUAGUGCCAAUUACAAUUCAGAUUGUUUCAAUGCGGUUUACAGAAUCCAUAUGCCUGAACCCCCAGAGCAAGCCCUAAGGCAACAGUGGCAAUCUUAUUUUUUCUCAGGAAAUAAACAAUUUCUGCUUUGAGUUAGUUACAUAUCGAAACCGCACAUUGACAUUUCUCACAAGAGUAUUGUUGUGAGAGUGGAUAUAGGAAACAUAAUUGUGGUAUACAGUAUUGUUUUUCAUUUUCCACUUUCCGGGUAAUGACUAUAACAUCUUGUAUGCAAUCAGAGCUGACAUUUACAAUGCUAACUCUGAAAUCAUUGUAAUUGUACAUGCACUUUUUUAUUUUCUAUAAGUCGUCAAAUGUUUUUGAGAACACAAUUCCUCAUAUUUACAAGGACCAUUAAAUCUUUAAAUUUUGUAUCAACUUGUAGGAGAAAAAAAAAUCUUUAUUCCACCCUGUUGGAGCUAGUUAACAGUGCUGAACUCGUGCCAUAUGAGGCAGAAGAACAGUACCAUUUUACACUGGAUGAACUGUAAGAUAACGUUAUCCUUACUGUUAUCUUUUAUUUAUGUAGAUUCUGUAUGUUUAUUAUGCUGCUGGUUUCUUGAAUUUCCUUUGGAAUCGGUAAAAUACUACUAUUUACCCAUUGCCAUGACACUCAGUGCCUUUAAUAAUGUGGCUCUUAUUAUAACAGUUGCAAGUUUUUUUGGUGAUAGUUUUCAUUAACACUAAGUUGUGAUGUCAGUCAGUUGGAUUGAUGUUUGUUAGAGUACAUUUUCAUAAAGAUGUAUUGCUAUUGAAGCUGGUAGAUGAUUGUUGGUGGUGUCUUAUCUACCAUAAUAAGUGUGCUGUAUUUGUUUGAUUGUUUUUGCCUUUUUUAGAUUCUUGCCUACUGUAAUGAAGUUCUUUCAUCAAUAUCAGGCCGUCUGCUACUUUAUAUCAGUCAAUCUCCAAGGUGCCUGAAUAUUCCUCAGUGAUAAAUCUCUUUAAAUGAUCAGUGCUUUCACAAAAUACCAAACUAGCAGGACUUGAAAAUUGUAAAUGUUUAGCAGUUUCAGGUGAUGGUUGAACAUCAAAUGGGACCUGCUAUAUCAUGUAAUAAAAGCAUUGUUUUCAUGACUUGAACAUUUGUCAUAUGUGCCAUAACAGUUUAUGUCAACAUGUUUUCCUUGUAUGCAGUUUGAAAAUAAAUAUGAAGACACCUUA